CAGACAGACAACAGAGCUUCAGCGUCGCAACACAGCACACUUUUUCAGAUACUCUUUCUCUCCUUAUUCCGCCCCCCUUCCUUUCUUGUUCACUGUUAGUUUGCUUGGUGGCAGUCAUGGGUUCCGAUCCCCAGUAUGCGAAGUACCCCGACCUCACGCUCGCCCAGGAUGUCUUCAACCUCGCCAAUCCAGCAUGUCCGACAGCCUUACGAGAAGGCUCCUUGAAGAAGCUCCAAAUCGCCAUUGAAGAGAAACACAUGGCCCCACUGUACCGUCACCUAGCCCACCCAGUAGAGGGCAUUUUAAAUCAAUCAGGCGAAGGCGUUUCCCAAGCUACGAGUACAAGUUCCAACAAGCCAGUUGUUGCAAGUGACAUGCUCCCUCAAACACGAACAUCUGCGACCGUCGAUCUUCCUUGGGAUGAAAAGCUAUACGAGAGAUUAGUGGCUGAGAAUAAGAAGGAGCUCGAUGCUUUGCAGAAGGAGGAGGAUGAGGCCGCAGAGGCUGCUGGUGACACAGAGGUUCAGGCCGCCCGGGGAAAACGCGCAGAGUUUUGGGCGCGCGUUGGAGAUCGGGACAAAGCCAUCGCUGCCUAUGAAGCCGUCUUCGAAAACACCGGGGUGCUAGGAACAAAAAUUGACCUUGUUCUCGCUAUGAUACGGAUUGGAUUGUUUUUUGGGGAUAAACUAUUCGUUAAAAAGCAUAUUGAACGAGCCAAUUCUCUCGUGGAGGGCGGUGGAGAUUGGGAUCGUCGAAACCGGCUGAAGGCAUACAAAGGUUUACACUUGCUUACGAUCCGCAACUAUAAGCUAGCUGCGCCUCUUCUUCUCGACAGCCUAUCUACUUUCACCAGCUACGAAUUGUGCAGUUAUUCGUCACUGGUCGUAUAUGCGGUUCUUGCCGGCUCCUUAUCCUUGAAGCGGGUAGAUUUCAAGGCUAAGGUGGUGGACGCGCCAGAAAUUAGGGCGAUUCUGGGUGAAGGAGAAGACAGGUUAUCGGCGCUAACGGGGGCGAUAUCGUCUGGCCCCGGUGCGGGAGACGAGGAGAUGAAGGAUGCGUCUAGCGCGACCCCAGGUCAAGCGUCAACCAUCGUCAACCUCACAACGCUAGGUACUGGAAGUGGCAUACAAGCAGAAACCGAGGCACCUGUCGAUUUUACUCCACUGUCCAAUCUUGUCGGUAGUCUUUACAACGGCAUAUAUCGCACGUUUUUCACGGCCCUUGCCGCUGUCGAAGAUAACUUUCUCACCCAAGACCGCUACCUCCAUGAGCAUAGAUCCUGGUUUGUUAGAGAAAUGCGGUUGCGAGGGUAUCAGCAGCUCCUACAAAGUUACCGGGUGGUCGGCCUGAACAGCAUGGCGAAUGAGUUUGGUGUGACCGUAGAUUUCCUUGACAGAGAUCUCGCCAAAUUCAUUGCUGGUGAUAGAAUAGCUUGCACAAUUGACCGGGUCAAUGGUGUAAUUGAAACCAAUCGCCCAGAUGACAAGAACAAGCAAUAUGCUGAUGUGGUCAAGCAAGGCGAUGCACUAAUCACAAAGCUUCAGAAAUACGGCCAGGCUGUUAGAAUGAGAGGCAGUGAACGAGGUUAAUGAUGCAUGACUAUGUUUCACCAGCUCGUGGGUUUGGCUCAGGGAAGGCAUAUGCAGUUCAGAAAAGAUAAGAGAGCGAUUUUUUGUACUGUAUUACCAUCUGCUGUAAGGUGCGAACAAUAGAUGAUGUUCAUGGGUUUCC